AGAAAACGACGCAAGUGAGAGUUAAAGCUAAACACGUACAACAUUACACUGAGCGCUGCUAAUGCUCGAGAUGCUAGCGGGUUCCUUUAUUGGACAGGUCUAUGCCCGUCCGUCACUGUUAUUCGCUCCUCGUUGAGUUUAACUCAGUUUUUAGAGAACAAACAGAAUCUCUGUCAAAUAAACAGUAAAGUGUCCUUUCUCCUCUUUAAUUCGGCUAUGACCCAGACUCAUGUAAACAUAUGUAAACACGUGAAUAACCCGGAGUUUAUGUUUCGUUCCGCUGCUUCUCUGCUGCUGCAGCCGCUCAGUCAAACUGAUGUUAUUCUGUGAUCUGAGCCUGAGUAAUAAUCAAUAAAGUGUGUGGAUAUGAGCCGAACUUAUGAAAACACUGUCCGUAAUGACAACCAUGCAUUAGUUUCAUAACCGUUUACGAGCAGCUUGUUCUGUGAGAAGAUCAUUUUAAAAUGGCAGCAUUUUAAAUAAAGGUUUGCUUUUGUUCCUCCGCAUUUUGCUGCGUUACCAUCUUUUAAUACUUAAACCGGAUACCACUUAUCCUUUACCUUAAACGUCUCACUUAAGUAUUUAAUGAGUCUUUUUAAAGUUAAGAAAUAUUUAUUAUCGGUUAAGGAAGUUUAGUCAAAGCACCUUAGGCACCUGUGACCUUUGACCCAGAGCUCACAUGAUAGAUGAGGGAAUGAUUGACUCAGCAUGUCAUGUGAUCACAUGACACCUUCUCCUGAUUGGUCAGAGCUGUCUCAGGAGACAAUGAAGCGUCCUUCACUGAAGUAAAGGAGACACUGUCGUCCCAUUAUCCUUUGCAGCAGCAGCAGCAACAAAACAUUUUAAUUUUAUACAGCGUAAUGUAAGGCGAUGCUCUCUCGGCCACCAUGGCCAGUGUCACGCUGAGGUACUUCUGUUACGGCUGCCUCGCCACCUCGCUCACAUGGUCCGUCCUACUCUUCCUUUAUUUCUCUCUGGGCGCGGAACCCGGUGAUGGCCGGAUGCCACUGCAGCACCGUGGCGGCCUGUCCGUCUCUAGGGGCGUGGCCGCUGAUGGGAGGGCGGGACGUCGGCCCGCGAUGCCGGCCAAUCGGGGCGUGGAUCUGUCACCAGAGAUGGGAAUGAUCUUUAACGAGGAUGAUCAGGAGGUCAGAGACACUGGGUAUCACCGCCACGCCUUUAACGUCCUCAUCUCCACAAGACUGGGCUUCCACCGCCAGCUGCCGGACACCAGAGACGCCCAGUGUGGAGAUAAGGUCUACCCUCAGGCUCUACCCUCUGCCAGUGUGGUCGUCUGUUUCUUUAACGAGGCGUUGUCUGCCCUGCUCAGAACCGUCCACAGCGUCCUGGACCGGACGCCGGUGUAUCUGCUGCACGAGAUCGUCCUGGUGGAUGACCACAGCGAACUUGACGAGCUGAAGGAUGAGCUGGACCGUUAUGUCCACGACGAGCUGCAGGGAAAAGUCAAACUUGUGAGGAACCAGAAGAGAGAAGGACUCAUCAGAGGACGCAUGAUAGGAGCCUCACAUGCCACAGGUGAGGUCCUGGUCUUCCUGGACAGUCACUGUGAGGUGAACCAGGUGUGGCUGCAGCCUCUUCUCACGUCCAUCCAGAAGAAUGAGAGGACGGUGGUUUGUCCCGUCAUUGACAUCAUCUCUGCAGACACGCUCACUUACUCCCCCUCCCCCGUCGUCAGGGGCGGCUUCAACUGGGGGCUGCACUUCAAGUGGGACCCCGUCCCCCCCUCUGAACUCAAUGGGCCUGAGGGAGCAGCCGGCCCAAUCAGGUCACCCACCAUGGCGGGCGGUCUCUUUGCCAUGAACAGGAAGUACUUUAUUGAGCUUGGCCAAUACGAUGCCGGCAUGAACAUCUGGGGCGGAGAAAACCUGGAGAUCUCCUUCAGGAUCUGGAUGUGUGGCGGUCAGCUGCUCAUCAUUCCGUGUUCCAGAGUCGGUCACAUCUUCAGGAAGCGUCGUCCAUACGGUUCCCCUGGUGGUCAGGACACCAUGGCCCAUAAUUCUCUGCGGCUGGCUCACGUGUGGAUGGACGAGUACAAGGAGCAGUAUCUGUCUCUGCGUCCUGAGCUGCGUGAGCGUAGCUAUGGUGAUGUCAGCGAUCGUGUGGCGUUGAGGAAACGACUGCAGUGUCACUCAUUUCGUUGGUACCUGGACACGGUUUACCCUGAGAUGCAGACGGUCGCCAACGGCAACAAGCAGCCACCGCCACUGUUCGUCAACAAGGGUGUGAGGCGACCUAAAGUCCUGCAGCGAGGACGGCUGCGUAACCUGGCGACCGGUCGUUGUCUCGUGGCUCAGGGUCGAGUCAGUCAGAAGGGCGGGGCCGUCGUCCUGCGACCAUGUGACCCAGGUGACCCUGAACAGGUGUGGCUCUACGACGAAGAAGGUCAGCUGAUUCUCUCCAGUCUACUGUGUCUCGACGUUUCUGAGGUCAGAACCUUUGACCCGCCCAGAUUGAUGAAGUGUCAUGGGUCAGGAGGAUCACAGCAGUGGAGCCUGGGGAAGUCUAACCGACUCUACCAGGUCUCGGUCGGUCAGUGUCUCGCCGUCUCUCAGCCAAUCGGGCCAAAGGGUUAUGUCUCCAUGGCGAUAUGUGAUACGUCACAGGUGCAGCAGUGGCAGCUGGAGGGCUGAGCUGGAGGAAGCCCCGCCCCUCGUGUGAUGGACAGAUGGAGGGACGUCCUCAUUAUUUUUAAAGACAAUCAGAAGUUUACUUUUCCUGCUCAGGAUCUUUUUAUUUAGAUUUUAUCAUUUGUUUUUUUGACUGAACACAAGACUGAAGGAGAGACUGUCCACAAGUCCACGUGUCCUGUCAGGACGUGGACGAUGUGUGUGCAGGAUUGCAAACACAUCAGCAGUAUUUAUUUAAAAAAUUCUAAUUCAGUGUUUUAAUUAAAUCCUGGAAACUGUGAGUCAAUGAAACAAACACUAACAGAUCAAUAACCAGCUGAUCAUGAUCAUGAUCAUAUCUAUGGAUCAAACCACGUUUACAUUUUAAACUUUAAGUAAUUUCAUCAAUAAUAAAGUGAUCGAGUGUCUAAUGAA